AUGCAUUCUGACCUUAAGCAGCUUGCGAACGAAUUGAAUAGCAUCACUUGGUCCAAAAACCUGACAGUUGUUAACAACAUCAACUUUAUAAUAGAACUCGGAAAUUAUGUAGGAGUGAAAUCAGUGGAUAUAAACAGGAAGCAACAGAAGGUGACAGUGAAUGGAUAUGUUGAGGCAAACAAGGUGUUGAAGAAGGCAAAGUCAACAGGGAAAAAGGCUGAGAUAUGGCCCUAUAUACCCUACAACCUAGUGACUCAGCCCUACGCAGCCCAAACUUAUGACAAGAAGGCACCUCCUGGCUAUGUCAGAAGGGUUGAGAACCCAACCAGUGCCACUGUUACCAGAUAUGAAGAUCCCUACAUAUCCAUGUUCAGUGAUGACAACCCAAAUGCCUGCUCUAUCAUGUAGCUCCGCCUUAACUCAUCAGCAUCAAUCUUCAAAUACUUCAAUAUUAAAAUAUAUAUCCAGAGAGAAAAGUGUCUAGAAUUUAAAUGUAAGGGGUAGAUUUAAAUU